AUGGAUUUGAUUCAUGUACCUGAAGUUCUUGAUAUUGGAGUUUAUAAGUAUGAAGUUGUUUAUAAGGAAAGUGAGAAGUCUGAAUUGCAGUGGAAACAAGUCAAAAGUGAUACGGAGGCAUAUGAAAUGUAUAAUGAUUAUGCAUUUAGGCAUGGAUUUAGUAUUAGGAAAGGGAAAGUUCGAUAUGUUGGUAAUUCAAGUGUUUGGAGAGGUAGAAACAACCUAUAUUCAAAUGUUGGUUUGAAAGAUACUUCUUCUAAGGUGCCUAAGAAGUUUUCUAAGUUGGAUUGCCGUACAUGUUGUGAAGCUUACAUUGAUUUUGUUAUUGAUGAGAAAGGUGUUUGGACUGCUGUUAAACACAAUAUGGAUCACAAUCAUGCUAUGAUACCUGUUGAGAAGAGACAUCUCCUUAGGUCUCAAAGGAAAAUUCAAGGUGAGCAUUUGAAGUUCAUAAGUACUAUAAAGGCUAGUGGGGUUAGGGUUACGGAUUCUCUUCGCGCUUUAAGGAAAGAAGUUGGUGGAUCUCCUAAUCUAUGCUACACUGUUACUGAUGUUUACAACACUUUAGCUACUGAAAAAGCUUGCAGAUUAGAAGGUGGUGAUUGUAAUGCUUUGAUCCAGUCUUUUGCUACAAGACAAGCCAAAGAGAGUGACUUUUAUUAUGAGUUUGAGGUCGGUGGAAAUCAUGCCCUUUGUAGUGUAUUUUGUAGGGAUGGAAGAAUGCGAAGGGAUUAUGAAGCUUUUGGUGAUUUGAUGGUCUUCGAUACCACCUAUAGAACUAACAAAUAUGGCAUGAUUUGUGCCCCUUUUGUUGGUAUGAAUCAUCAUUGCAAUAAUGUCAUGUUUGGAAUGGGUUUUGUUCUUGAUGAAAAGACCAGCAGUUUUCAAUUCGACAAAUUUUUCCAAGCACUCGGCACCGUUUGUGCACUUGGCACCUUGGUGAGAACGAAUACAAAGACCAAUAUAGGAGGACUCAGAAUAUUGAAAGGGUUUCCAGAAGUAUUCGAUUAUUUUCUUAAGUACUGUGAAAGUCCUGCUGAAUUCGCACAUUACUGCCAAGAGUGGAGGAGUAAAGAAAGUAAGCAAGAUUUCCGUUUUUUGACGGGUAACCGUCAUCUUGCAGUAGCUAAUGUUCGUUUGCUCAUACACUCUAGGGAGAUUUAUACUAUUUCUGUGUAUGUUGUUUUUGAGGAUCAAUUUGCAAAAGACAUUUAA